AGCGCGCAUGCUCCCACAACACCGUACAUUUCUCCUGAAUUGCACGUUUGAUACCCCGAGAAGCUACGCAUUAUGUGUAGCAACUGGGCGCAGCGCAUUUUCUGAAUCCGGUUCCGGCGUGGCGACGACACCGAUGUCCGUGCCCACAGACUGAUCACAGGGCUUUUACCCGAACAGCACUGAAUUGUAGCAGCUGAGAGACGGAUGCGGAGCGAGGGUUGCCAAACCCAAAGGAUUUCUCACGAUUUGCGGACUAGAAUGCUCAUCUAUAUGUGUCCCCAUGAACGGAUGACCACCUCCAAACAAACCUAUACUGAAAACUUUCAGCUCUCCAUUUGACGCGGGGGUGUUAUUGAGAUUUUUUUUGUUUUAAAAUCUGAUCCAAGAGCAGACAUCAUGCAGGUGCAAACUGUGGGCCAACGUUACUGAAAUGACUUGCUCGGCGCUGACGCGUUUCGUUGUGCCAUGCCAACCCCGCAUUGUCAGAUGCCAUUUUACUCUGCGUUACCCCAGCGUCUGGAAUUCCAACAUACUGGGCCUGUUGUGUAAUUAGAAGUUCGUGAGGCUGUAGCAAACUAGCUGGUGCAAUGAGAAGCUACGCUGUCCGCGACACUGUGCGCAAUUUGUGCUGAAGCUUAUGGGUCCUGCGUACUCUAGCUCCCGGCUUCCACUUGGAGAGGUGUGCUGCGGGGGUACGGCGCACUGGCUGUCGGCUUCACAUCUGGACCGCCUGGCUACUGUCAUCUGCGGCCUGUUCGGACCGUGCACUCCCUGAACUUGUAUGUUUGAGGGGAACUGACUGAGAUCGCCUCGGAUGGUGCGGUUUUAGGGAGAAGGCGUCGAUAUUUGGCCGGGACUUGACGUUAUCUGUGGUCCACUGGAACACCGUGGUCCAAAGCUAGACAGACUGACUCACUGAAUACUCAAGGAAAAAACGUUUAUCUAGCUAUGGAUUUUGCGUAGCGAAGUCGUGCAUUUUUUAAAGGCAACGCUAGAGUGACAUUGCAGUAUUCUCGUUACAUCGGGUAUUUCGUCGUCCGACAAAAAAAAAAAAUAAAAAAAUAUAAGAAUUAAAAAAAAAAAGAGUGAAAGUGGAGUAUUGUCCGUCGUACGUAUCAACGCAGUGGGAUUUCUACGUCUGGUCGGCGUCCCCCCCCACCCUUCCCGCGGUGACGGUUAUGGGUCGGAAGCGGUGUGUCGGUGCAGAUUGUUCCAAGAUGGCGGCCGGGUGCUGCGGGGUGAAGAAGCAGAAACUGUCGGGAUCGCCCGGGUCGGGGGGUCCCGGCGGGGUGGGGGCGGGAAGCGGGGUGGCAGGAACCGGACAUUGUGGCUCGGAGUUGGGGAUUGGCUCCUCCGCGACAGUUGCAGCAGCGGCGAACGUAAGCAGAGCUAACGGCCUGGGGGGACCCGGGGGUAACGUUAGCGGCAGCAGUAGUAGUGGUAGCAGCGGCACAAACGCUCUGUCCCCAGCCCCGGCCGGUUACACUACAUCCGGCCUCUCCCCGAAUCUUAGUCCGGGACCUGGUUCGGGAAGUGGAGGCAGAAAAAUGGUCGUCUCAGCGGAGAUGUGCUGCUUCUGUUUUGACGUGCUUUAUUGCCAUCUGUACGGAUACCAACCUCCGAGAACACCCAGGUUUACAAAUGAUCCCUACCCGCUGUUUGUCACAUGGAAAAUAGGCAGAGACAAGCGGUUGAGGGGUUGUAUAGGUACAUUUUCUGCCAUGAAUCUGCACUCAGGACUCAGGGAGUACACCCUUACCAGUGCCCUUAAAGACAGCCGCUUCCCCCCUAUGACAAGGGAUGAGCUGCCUCGCCUCUUCUGCUCAGUGUCUCUUCUCACCAACUUUGAAGACGUCGGUGAUUACCUUGACUGGGAGGUGGGUGUUCACGGUAUUAGGAUAGAGUUUUUCAAUGAAAAAGGAUCAAAGCGCACCGCCACCUACCUACCAGAGGUUGCAAAGGAGCAAGGUUGGGACCACAUUCAAACCAUAGAUUCCUUACUACGAAAGGGAGGUUACAAAGCUCCCAUCACAAAUGACUUCAGGAAGACCAUUAAGUUAACCAGGUACCGUAGCGAGAAGAUGACGAUGGGUUAUGCAGAGUACAUCGCCCACCGCCAGCACCAUCACUACCAGAAUGGCAUUGGGCACCCUCUACCACCCUACAACCAUUAUUCCUGACAGCGAGCCGCAUGACCAAUCAUUGGACCUCUCCGCGGACCUUUUCCCAGGAGAGCCCGCCCCCUCCUGGUCUAGCUAUUUCUACUACUGUACCAUUUUAUGAUGAUAGUUUCCGUUGCCAUGCUGGCCGUCUCCCAGACGUUGACAUGGCAACGGGUGGCAACGAAGCAUCAUUUGAUCAUGGCAAGAAAUCCACACGUUUCCUUUACUUUGCCUGUGGUUAAGUUUUUGCAGCAUAUGUAUACCUAUAUCUAUAACCCCCUUCAUUCAUAUUUUUGGAAAUGAAACAAAUAUUAGAUUUUAUUAAUCCUUUCAGCAAACCUAAUCAGGUGUUUGAUUCUGUGGAUGGAAGGAAGUCUCUUACAGUGGAUUAGUCUUGCGCUUACUAUGUUUAGGCUUUGCUACAAUUUUACAUUUACUAAAACAAUUCUUCUUUUUUUCCUUAUUUACUUUACUAUCGAGACAUGUAACACCAUGUAGCAAGGCAACUGCAGUUCUCAAAGGCUGUGUCGUCUCUACUCUUGAUUCCUCUCAAAAAAAAAAAAAAAUGAGUGUUGAGGUUGUUUUCGCCUUGUAAACUCUUGUAGUGUUGUAGUUGGAACAAUGUAUGAGGAUAUGUAUACUCCAAAGUAUAGAUAGUAGGACUGUGGAGCCCUUUGACCAGUGUCUGCUGGUAGUGUUUAUUGACGGGGCUCACAGUCGUGAGUGUGUGUGUGUGUGUGUAUUUCUGUGAGUGGAUUUAGACAUUGGUCUGCCACGAGAUAAAACCCAGUAGAUUUAAUUAGAAAUUGGAUUUUACCUAAAGAUUCCCUUCAGAUAAUUUUGAAACCUCCCCCCUCCUCCUCCUCCUCCUCCGAGUAUUUGUCGUGUUUAGUGUUGGAACCUUUAACCGAGUUUAUUUGGCUGGAGCUCACAGCUACGUUCCCUCUUUUAAUUUUUUUUGUAACUUUUUUCAAAUUUGAAGUAAUUGCGGAGGAAGCCAUUUGUCAGAGGAUAAUCAUUUUCGUGCAGGUGAUUUGUUAACUGUGUAAAAUGGGCUAUGAGAGAACCUGAUUUCCCCGUAUUGGAGAGGGGGAGCAGACGUAACAACAGGUCCCUAGGAAAAACAAAAAUGCACGAACUGUGCUCACACUUAAAUUUGAAGUGUCUGUUGGUUUAUUGAGUUUACUGUCAGGGAGUCACUCGACAGGGAUGUAUUCUACCUACUUAAAGCCAUAUUCUCUUUUUAUUCCACACUUGUGUCGUUUGGCUCGAGGUGUUUGUAUUCGGUAACCUCCGGUAGAUGUGUCGAGUGUCGAGCGCCUGAAUGCGAACGUGCGGCCGCCGGCCUCAGGCCAGGCUGCGUCACCGAAUGCUCGUCGAACCCCGGCGCUUUCAGCCAUAUGUCGGAUGUCUCGUAUAUGUCGCCCGUGUCGUCGUGGAAACAUUGUCUUGCCUUUUCAGAUUAUAGCUAACCAUUGUCACUCGUUCACAAAGAAUGAUGUAUUAAAAUAGUCAUUUUUUUAAGCGGCGCCGCCACGUGACGCGCGGAGGAAGUGAUCAUACAUGUUCGUGUCAUUUAGAAGUGCAUGUCAUAGUGCUGUUUAAGGGGGAAAAAGAAGCUGUGGCAGUUUAGUUGUUGAAACCGCACCACCACCACCUCCUCUAAUGCUCUGCUCUUCAGUGAGAUCCCGUUGACUUGUGUGUGUGCGCGUGCGUUUCCUCGGCACAGGGAAUGUUUUGAUCCGUGGUCUGUUUUGUCAGCUGUUUGGCACUAAGUUACAGCAAACACAGUUGAAUUAGACGGAGCAGAUUCUCAGCAUGAGGCCGGGCGGCUCCCGGUUUAGGUCUGCAUAUACAUAUAUAUAUAAAAAAAAAUAAAUAAAUAUAUAAAAGAAAAGCCAGGGCUUUGUAAGGACUUAAGAAGCCAUUUCCCAUUUAAAUAAUACUUGUUGUGAGUCACAUCCACACACACUAGCCUAGAUGGAUUUGCUUUCCAGAAUGUCUGACCUCUUUAAAGGGUCGCCACUCGGUCCGUUUCGUUUUUGGGCUUUUUAGUUUGCCAGCUGGGAUUUUUGAGAGGUUCUUGUUACUUGACCAACAUCUUUCUUUGUAACAGCCUUUACUAACUGACAGGUUAUUUUUUCCUUUAUGCAAAAUGUCAAGGGCUUUUGGCACUCCAUCCACAGUAACCCGAAAUGACCCAGAUUUCAGUUGUGUUGCCUUAAAUGAAUGAUUUAAAAACCAAUGGACCAGGAGAUGACGCUCGGGAGUGUUCCUCCGUCCCUAUAUGUCUCGGCUCCAUCUUCGCGCCACACUAUAGGGAUGAUGUUUUCCUCCGUUUGAAUACUAAUGCGCUCCCGGGCAUAUGGUGCAUCCCGUAUACCUGCCGCAUCCUGUCUGCUCACAUCUUACCAGCUGGUCGCUUUCACAAGCCCUGCGCACACUUCACAGACAUACCCCCAUAAAACAAAAUUGGGUUGUGUCUCCCCCCCUGUGUCUUUAGGAAAAUACACCCAUACCUGCAUUACACACUACACAAAGAAGAGGAACACUCAAGGAUUAAUUUCCUGGUCCAUUGAAUACAGCACAACCUGAAUUAUUCUGCUGCAAAACCAAAUUGACCAUGCUCUUUUACAUAUAUGUCUUUGUAUACACAUGCAAUGUACUUGGUUGCAUGUAUGUAUGAGUAUGAGACCUAUGGUUUUUAUCCAUGAUAUGCUUGAUCUAUGGCUUAGACACUCUUAUUAACCAUUAAGAGAUUUAAAAGACAAAUAUGGUGCUAUCAGACCUCAUAUUGGGGUGGUCACAGCUCGUGACUGGUCAUGCGGACUCAUCGAUCAUAUCAUACUUAAGAUGUUACAUGUAAGGUUUUCUCUCUAGUACACUGCUGUGAAAUGAGUCGUGACGGCACAUUUUGCGGCGCCGAAUGAUGACCGUCACGGACAGUAGCCCCACGAACAUCUGCUUUCGUUAACGUUCAAUGUGGGCGACUUUGGGAUCAAUUCCCUAUGGGAACAACACAGAAAUGAUAAAGAAGAAUUCCCAGCUGCAACACGUCAUAGGAGCUAAGGAAUGUACUGUUAGUGGUCGUUAUUACAACUUAACAGCGAUAUAUUAAGAGAAAAUCCUACAUGUGUUAACCUUUACUAUCCUUGAUAUAUGCAGAUCUGUUCAACAGGUGUUUAUUUUUUUUUUCCUACCAGUGCAAGUCAACACCCAUGCAGGUUUGAAAGGACAAGAAGUCACACAAUAACCUCCUUCCCCCUCGAUUACUCCUACACUGUGGCCCAACCUCAUGGCCUAGUCUGUCAUGGUGUGAUGCGUGUCGUUCGGUAGGUGGUGGCAGUAGUAGUAGUAGUAAUAGUAGUAGUACUAGUGGUCGUUGUCUCUCCUGGAAGAUUGGAUGUUGCUCCUAACACGGAGCACAUCCUCAGUUUUCCUCCUAGCUGCUGAAUCGUUUGACCUCCUCUGAAAGGGCAGGGAAAGGUCCCGUCACCGAGGCUUCCACGGCCUCUUUUAAACCGCGCCGAUGGCAACCAUCUCCUAGAUCCGGGACGAAGAGUUUUUAACGUAGAACGCGCAGAACAUGAUCCUGCGUCUGUACGGAUUUAAGUGUUUAAAGCAUUGAUACCUCAUGGGACGUUAUGGAACGACAUUAGUAGUUCAUUGUAGCAGAUUGUGUUUUGGUUCCAUACCAGGGUUAGAGUUCAGCCUCAGCAUUCCUUGUGCGGUCAUUCUCAUGUUUCAUGGAAUGCUCAAGCUCGUGUUACCUUCGUAUGUCUGACUGAACCAAAGAUGCCAGCGGCCAUGCCCAAAUGCUGCUCUUCAGGCCUGGCUUCCUGUCCUUCCAAAAACACCCCUGCAAUUGACAAAAUGUUCUUUUAUGUCUUUUUUUUUUUUUUUUUUGUUUGUUUUGUUUUGUGCGAUUUCUCAACUGUCUUGACUUAUUAAGCGACCCAGUUCUUCAAUGAAUUUUCAUUGAGUCCAUCUCUGAAGCUGUACACGGCGUCAAGGAUGGGAAGAGUGGUUGCAAAUUGUUGUUACUUGUUUUGUUUAUUAUUAUUAGUAUUAUUAUUAUUAUUAUUGCUAUAAUUUUCAAAAAUGAAAAUCCCAUGGUGUGCCUCCUAGCUUUAUGGGUUUCUAAAUGUUUUUUUCCCUAAAGACCAGCAGUUAUACUUUGUAUAAAAGAUGGAUUUUUCCUUAUUUUUUAUGCCAUUAAAGAUGAAGAAGCCUGUUUUCUUUACUCUGGACCCAGUAGCUGCACUGGUUAUACAAUCGCACUGAUAGAUGAGUAAAAAAAAAAAAAAAAAAAAAAGAAGAAGAAGUGAAUCAAUAAUAAUAAUAAUGAUAAUGACAAAUGAAAUAAGAACUACAAUAAACUUGUGUUUGAAACUUUUUAUUAUAAAAAUAUACAAAAAAACAAACAUAAAAAAAGAAAAUGACUGUUUUUGUACAUCAAAAUAAAUUCUUUUCAGAAGAAUAUUUUGGAUCUAGUUUCAAAAUUAUUUUAGUGGUUUUCUAUGUUCUGAAUUUUUGAGACACUGACUUCGAAGACGUGUCACUGUACAAAAUGACUUUUUUCUGUUGCAGUGGCCUGAUGGGCUGGGAGGGUUGCCUGGUGUAACUCCUCAUACCAACUUUUCUUUCUUUUUUUUUCUUCUUUUUUUUGUUUUCCAUUUUGGAUCUUUUUUUUUUCUCUCUCUCUCUCCUCUGCUUUAGUAACUUGAAAAAUGUUGAUGGAAUAAUAUGAACUGGGAACUUUAAAUCCAUCCCCACCCCUGUAGAGCUAGCCACCCACCCCCACCUUCUUUCCUAUUGAAUUGCUGUUAGUGUGACGAGACUUGAAACGGGCAUUUAUUAUAAUAGUAUGACUCCAAAAGAAAAAAAAAAAAAGAACACACACUUACAAAAAAAAAAAAGAAUUUUGCAGAAACUUGCAAAAUAAAAGUGUGGGGAGGGUUGAAAGAAUAUAUAUAGAUGGGUUAUCUGAGUAUGUAAGCAAUGGCUGUGAAGAUAAUGUAGUUUUAAACAUUGUUAUUACCUUUUAAAAUCAUUUAUUCAAUAAAAAAAUACAAAAAUCAA